CCAGUACCAGAACCAGAAUCAGCACCGGCAGCAGAGACGGAGCAGAACCUGCAGAUCCUCCUCUGACCUGAUGAAACCGACCCCAGGCCUGUAGUUCGUCAUAACGUAGUGUUUUAACCCCGGAUAAUCAUGGCGUUCAGCAAGGGCUACCGGAUCUACCACAAGCUGGAUCCUCCUCCGUACAGCGUGAUCGUGGAGACCCGGACCCGGGACGAGUGUCUCAUGUUCGAGUCGGGGGCCGUCGCCGUGCUGUCGGCGGCGGAGAAGGACGCCAUCAAGAGCUCGUACAGCAAGAUCGUGGACGCCUACGGGAUUCUGGGAGUUCUGCGUCUCAACCUGGGAGACUCGAUGCUGCACAGCCUCGUAGUCGUGACCGGCUGCAGCUCGGUGGGGAAGGUGCAGGAGUCUGAGGUGUUCCGGGUCACGCAGACCGACUUCAUCUCCCUGAAGAACGACCCGGCGGACGAGGACCGGAUCUCCGAGGUCCGGAAGGUUCUCAACUCGGGACAUUUCUACUUCGCCUGGUCGUCCAGCGGCGUGGGGAUGGACCUGAGCCUGAACGCUCACCGCCGCAUCCUGGAGGACACCACCGACAACCGCUUCUUCUGGAACCAGUCCCUGCACCUGCACCUGAAGCAUUACGGCGUGAACUGUGACGACUGGCUGCUGCGGCUGAUGUGCGGCGGCGUGGAGGUGAGAACCAUCUACGCCGGACACAAGCAGGCCAAGGCCUGCAUCUUCUCCCGGCUCAGCUCGGAGCGGGCGGGAACUCGCUUCAACGUCCGGGGAACCAACGACGACGGGCAGGUGGCCAACUUCGUAGAGACGGAGCAGGUGAUCUUCCUGGAUGAUCAGGUCUCCUCCUUCAUCCAGAUCCGCGGAUCCAUCCCUCUGUUCUGGGAGCAGCCGGGAAUCCAGGUCGGAUCCCACCGGGUCAAACUGUCCAGAGGGUUCGAGGCCAACGCUCCGGCGUUUGAGAGACACUUCACGGCUCUGCGGACGCUGUACGGGAAACAGGUGAUCAUCAACCUGCUGGGGAGCAAAGAAGGAGAACACAUGCUGAGUAAAGCCUUCCAGAGCCACCUGAAGGCGUCGGAACACGCCGCCGCCGUGAAGAUGAUCAACUUCGACUACCACCAGAACGUGAAGGGAGGGAAGACGGAGAAGCUGCAGAGCGUUCUGAAGCCCCAACUCAGCAGAUUCAUCGACGACUGUGGAUUCUUCUACUACUCUGGAGACCAGGGGAUCGUCAGGACUCAGGGAGGAACCCUCAGGACCAACUGCCUGGACUGUCUGGACAGAACCAACAGUGUUCAGGCUUUCUUUGCUCUGGAGAUGCUGCCCCAGCAGCUGGAGCAGAUGGGGCUAACGGAGAAGCCCCAGCUGGUUGCCAGGUUCCAGGAGGUUUUCAGGACCAUGUGGUCGGCUAACGGAGACUCCGUCAGUAAGAUCUACGCCGGCACCGGAGCGCUGGACGGGAAGGCCAAGGGUGGGAAGUUAAAAGACGGCGCCCGGUCUGUGACCCGGACCAUCCAGAACAACUUCUUCGACAGUUCCAAGCAGGAGGCCAUAGAUAUCCUGAGACUGGGGUCUACGCUGAACAGCGACCUGGCGGACAAGGCUCGCGCGCUGCUCACCACGUCUAGUCUUUACGUCACUGAGCCUGUCUUGCAAUCAGCCUCCCCCAGGGUCCUACUGGGCAUGUGCCAGAGCUUCCACAAAUACACCCGUCCCAAGCAGAUCCGGGUGGGCGUCGGUACCUGGAACGUGAACGGGGGGAAACAGUUCCGUAGCAUCGCCUACCGGAACCAGACGCUCAACGACUGGCUGCUGGACGCGCCCAAGAAGGCCGGCCUGCCCGACUUCCAGGACAGCAAAGCCAACCCCAUCGACAUCUUUGCCAUCGGCUUUGAGGAGAUGGUGGAGCUGAACGCCGGGAACAUCGUCAGCGCCAGCACCACCAACCAGAAGCUGUGGGCGGCCGAGCUGCAGAAGAAUCUGUCCCGGGACCACAAGUACGUCCUGCUGGCGUCGGAGCAGCUGGUGGGAGUCUGUCUGUUCGUGUUCAUCCGCCCGCAGCACGCGCCGUUCAUCAGGGACGUUGCCGUGGAUACGGUGAAGACGGGGAUGGGCGGGGCCACGGGGAACAAAGGGGGCGUGGCCAUCCGGCUGCUGUUCCACACCACCAGCAUCUGCUUCGUCUGCUCUCACUUCGCCGCCGGCCAAUCACAGGUCAAGGAGAGGAACGACGACUACAACGAGAUCACGCGCCGCCUCACCUUCCCCAUGGGCCGGCUACUCUACUCCCACGACUACGUGUUCUGGUGCGGGGACUUCAACUACCGCAUCGGUCUGCCCAACGACGAGGUGAAGGAGCUGAUCCGGCAGCAGAACUGGGACGCCCUGACGGCCGGAGACCAGUUACUGGAGCAGAAGAACUCUGGACUGGUGUUCCGAGGUUUCAUCGAGGGAAACCUGGACUUUGCUCCCACGUACAAGUACGACCUUUUCUCCGAGGAUUACGACACCAGUGAGAAGUGUCGUACUCCGGCCUGGACCGACCGGAUCCUGUGGAAGAGACGGAAGUGGAACUUCAACAAGACGGCGGAGGAGAUGAACGUGGUGGGCGGAGCCUCCACGGCGGCCGACGCCCAGGACGACCCGGAGACCUGGAGCCCCGGAUCCUUGAAGUUCUACGGAAGAGCCGAGCUCAAGACCUCCGACCACAGGCCGGUGGUGUCGGUGAUGGACGUGGACGUCCUGGAGGUGGACCCCGAGGCCCGGCACCAGGUCUACAAGGACGUGAUCGCCCUGCAGGGCCCGCCCGACGGAACCAUCCUGGUGUCGCUCUGCUCCUCCGGGCCCAGCGACUUCUUCAGUGACGAGCUCAUCGACGAGCUGCUGGACAAGUUCGCCCAGUUCGGAGAGGUUAUUCUCAUCAGGUUUGUGGAGGAGAAGAUGUGGGUAACUUUCCUGGAAGGAUACUCUGCGCUGGCCGCGCUGUCGCUCAGCGCCUCCACGGUUCUGGGGAAGAUGAUCGAUAUCCGUCUCCGGAGUCCCGGCUGGAUCCGGAGUCUGGAGGAGGAGAUGAGCGUGGAUAGAAUCUGCGGCAGCAUCCCGACCUCGGCCAGCUCCACGCUGCUGGCUGAAGACGUGGACCUGGGGGACGACUACGACAUGGAGGGGGACGUGGACGAGGAGCUGGAGCAGAUCCUCCCCCAGCACCUGCAGCCCGGGUCCGGGUCCGGGUCGGGGUCUGGCCCGGGCUCGUCCCCCCUGGCCUCCCCCCGGGGAAGCCCCUGCCCCUCCCCCACCCACGGGGAGGCCCCCAGCCGGCCCGGCCGCUCCCAGCACCCACGCAGACCCUCGCAAGGUCCCCCCGUUGACUUCCAGCCCGGCGGCCCCCCAGCAGCUCAGGCCCUGGAGCCCCGGCGCCCUCCUCCCCCCCGCCCUGGGGGGGCGCCCCCACCCAGACCGGCCCCGCCCCAGCGCCCACCGCCCCCCACAGGAGGGAUGAGCCCCCUGGUGGUCCGGAGGGAGUCCAGAGAGGUGGGGAGUGUGAGCCCCCUGCUGGACAGGAGGGGAAGUGAAGGAACCAAAAGCCCGUCCCUCGGUCGGCCGGACUCCCCUGCAGGUCGAGGCCCGGCAGGACCAGGACCAGGACCAGGAGGAUUCUCCAGACCCAACAUUCCUCCCAGGGCCGGAGUCAUCAGCCUGCCCCCCCAGGGCCGCCCGUCACCCCCCUCCCACCCUGGGGCCCCCAGGCCCGUCCCAGAGCUGCACCCUGGGGCCCCCCGGCCCGUCCCAGACACCCACCCCGGGGCCCCCCGGCCCCCCCCCGGGGGCCUGGCCAAGCCCACAGACCUGCCGUUAGGCCCCCCCCCGGGGGCCCGGCCAAGCCCGCUGACCUGCCGCUGGGUCCCCCCCCAUCAGGAGCCCCCCCGGCCCUGCAGCCCCAGCCGGCCCCCCCGGCCCCCGUCCCAGCUCCCUCAGCCCCUGCAGCCCUCUCUUCCAGCCCCCCUGCAGCCCCAGCAGGCGGCUGCCCCCCCCCGCGGGGCCCCAGCAGCGGGGGGGCCCCAGCCGGGCCUGGCCUCCCCCAAACCGCCCCCCCGGUCCCGGUCCUCUCACGCUCUGCCCCCCGAGGCGGCGCCGGCGCCACAGCUGGAGAAGCCGUCAGGGUGAAAGAGCAACGGCCUGAACGGGUUCCAGCCAGAAGCCCAGCGGAGACCUGACCCCGCCCACUUCCUGUCCUCCGGCCCCGCCCACUUCCUGCCGUCCUGCCCCCCCCUGGCCACCCGGUCCCUGAGCCGGG